AUGAGUCUAGUCACUGCUAGACCAUCCCAUAAACAUCCACAGCCCACCACAUCCAGAACCGAACCAUCUACCAACAACAUCAUCAUCACCACCACACCAAAAAAUACCAUGGCCACCGAAAUCCACCGCACCAACGACCUAACCAUCAGCCUCUCCCACACACCAACAACCCCAGGCCACACCCUCGCAACCCUAACCACCACCACCACCACGCUCUUCUCCCUCCCCAAAUCCACCUUCACCACCACCCUCCUCACUCUACGCACCAUAACCCCUAUCUUAAAACAAACCUACCACACCCCCCGCAUCGCCCUAAUAACCUCCGGCAACAGGACCAUCUCCCUCCUCCCGCUCCACGGCCUCCCCUCACCAAACACCUGGACGCCCAUACUAAGUCCCGAAACGACCUUCCAUGAUCCCCAAACCACCACCUCCCAACCCAACUACAUAACAUCCAAAUCCGGCCCCCGCAUGCCCUCAGCCCAACUAACCCACCUAGCCAACACCAUCACUACUCACACCCUCUCCACCCCCAACUACACCUUCCACGGCCCGUCCACAGACACCAACCUCUUCGCGAACAUAAUCCGCGGUACCGAGCACCCCCAAUGGCGUAUCUGGGAGGAUGAGUCCCACGUGGCGUUUCUCACGCCAUACCCGAACACCCCCGGGUUCACGGUGCUAGUGCCACGAAGGCAUUUGGGGAGUGAUAUAUUUGCGCUCGGGGAGGAGGAAUAUAAGGGAUUGGUGGGGGCGGCGUGGACGGUUGGCCGGGUGUUGAUGGAGGCGUUGGGGGUGGGGAGGUGUGGGAUGGUGUUUGAGGGGUUCGAGGUGGAUUAUGCGCAUGUUAAGUUGGUUCCGGUUUAUGGGGAGGGGGAGGAGGAUGAGGGGGGUGGGGAGAGGGAGGUGUUUCGGGAGGUGUAUCCUGGGUAUGUGAGUUCUUUGCCUGGGCCCGAGGUGGAGGAUGUGGAGGAGUUGGUGAGGAGGGCUGGGGAGAUUCGGGGGGUGAUUGCUGCGCGGGGAGUAUGA